AAGAACUCUUAAACCCAUUUCCUUCUUAUUCUGUCUCCUGUUCUCACAUUUCUACAAUCUACAGCCAUGACCUUUUCUAGGAUCUUCUUAUUCACUCUUCUUCCAUGCUUAUUGUUAUCUUUAGGAACACUUCCUGUGUCAAAUGCAACUCGCGCCUUCUUCGUCUUUGGCGAUUCUCUUGUAGACAAUGGCAACAACAACUAUCUCGCGACGACGGCUCGGGCCGACGCACCUCCUUACGGCAUAGACUUCCCAUCUCACCAGCCUACAGGCCGAUUCUCCAAUGGAUUGAACAUCCCUGACAUUAUUAGCGAGCACCUUGGAGCUGAAUCUCCUUUGCCAUACUUGAGUCCACAUCUCGAAGGGGAAAAACUACUUGUCGGAGCGAACUUUGCAUCAGCAGGGAUUGGGAUUCUCAACGACACCGGAAUCCAAUUUGUUAAUAUAAUAAGGAUCGAGAAGCAAUUGCAGUACUUUGAGCAAUACCAGCAGAGGCUGAGCUCUCUGAUUGGCGAGAAACAGACGCGGCACCUCGUGAACAGCGCGCUCGUUCUGAUAACUCUAGGAGGAAAUGAUUUUGUCAACAAUUACUACUUGGUGCCUUACUCUGCGAGAUCAAGAGAGUUCUCCUUGCCCGACUAUGUCCAGUAUCUCAAUUCUGAAUACCGGAAAAUUCUUUUUAGGCUUUAUGAACUUGGCGCGAGACAAGUCCUGGUCACUGGAACUGGCCCACUGGGGUGCGUGCCGGCCGAGCUAGCACUGAGGAGCCGCGCCGGGCUCUGUGACCCGGAGCUGCAGCAAGCCGCAGACCUAUUCAAUCCCCAGAUGGUUCAGAUGCUGGGAGAGCUUAAUAGUCAGCUCCAGUCGGAUAUCUUCAUCGCCGUUAACGCUUUCCGGAUGCACAUGGACUUCAUAUCCAACCCAGAAGCAUAUGGUUUCGUGACAUCCAAGGUUGCAUGCUGUGGGCAAGGGCCAUACAACGGGAUCGGGCUCUGCACCGUGCUUUCAAGCGUGUGCCCGAACAGAGAUGUGUACGCAUUCUGGGAUGCAUUCCACCCAACAGAGAGAGCUAACCGGAUCAUCGUGAGCCAAUUCAUGGCCGGAUCCACCGAGUACAUGAACCCCAUGAACCUAAGCACAAUCCUCGCCAUGGAUGCGCGAAUCUGAUAUAUUAGAAUUCAGAAUUUCCCUUCUACUCACCCCUCUGAGUGUUAGAUUAGCUUUUACCUUAUUCGAAUUCACUACUCACCCCUCUGAGUGUUAGAUUUA